CAAAACUGUUUCCCUAUAUAUAAAAUUACAUUCAGUGCCUUAAAAUACCAGUUAGUGGCUUGUCUUCAUAGCAGCAGGUUGCAAACUCAUCCUGUCUACAUGUCAAGUCAAUCUGAUAAUGAUUUUAUCACUUAUUGCUAUUGAUUAUUUUUUGGAAGAUUAGUGACUGUUUUUUAAUCCUCAACAGGAGCAAAUGCUAAGAGCUUUUUGCCAUCUAUCCUUGUGAAAUUGAACUGUAUAUAGAUGGUUAAUGGAAGUCUGAUAAUAAGUCUAAUUGUUGGGGAUCUUUAUUUAAUUGCAAAGCAAAGAUUUUUGCUCCUAGUGCAAUCACCCUCUGCAUCACACAACUAUUCACAGUCUGACUACAGAUCUAGAUUGUGACUAAUAUUUGGCUCUGAUAUUAUAGGUGGUUACCGUGGAGAGAAUCAGUAAGAGCACAAUUGUCAUUUCCUUGGAAAAAUUUAGUAUCCAGAUGGAUCCCAACACUGAGCUGCAUUGGUGUCCAAAACUAAUGGGGAUUUUUGCUAAAUAAGGCCUGACUCAGCCAAAAAAAUAGACUCUAAAUAGAGAACUCUGUAUCGUGUGUGGCUCCCAAAAGUAUAUUUACCCAAGUACUGAAAGCAUUGGCACACUAGAGGUUUCCUAAUAGAGACAUGAUAAAAAGACAUUUAUUAAUUAAAACACACAUUGAUAUUUUGUCUUUAUGAAAUGAGGCAAUGAAAUUAUUCAAUGCUGCCGUACAUUUACAAAGGUUCAGUUACAAAAUUUAAUCAUUCGUACUUCCUUAUUUAGCUAAAAUAAAUAAGGUAAAGAUUCUAAUCAGAUUGAGAAGCUGCUUGUUAAAAUCAUUAACAUUUCUCAAACUGUCUCCUUCAAGAAAUAAGUCUACAUCUUGCAGUCCCCAGGAAGAAAGGUUGCUGGUGAAACGAUGUGGAGAGAGCCUGGGAUACAUUUAUAAUGUACCCCAACCUCCACAGCAAAAUUUAUACAGUCAAUUAUAAACUUAUAACUCUGCUCUCAUAUAUUUAAGGAUUUUCCUCUCCUAUCAAACUAUUUUGGCCUGUCAUGCAUUCAUUUAAUUCAAAGUAAAACAUUAAAGUAAAACAAUACAGUAAAACAACAGCAAUCCAAGUUCCAGAAAAAAAAUAGCAUCCCUUUCUGGGUUAAUGACUGUUAAACUGAGCUCAUUACCAGGGGGGAAAAAUGUGUUGCCUCUCUGAAUUCAUAUAAUUUCUUAGCCAUCUACCAUACACCAACUGAAUCAUAAUAAAGGAGAGAAAAUAUAUAAAUGAUUGAUUUCCUCAUUCCAUUUAGGCUUAAUAUGUUUUAAGGGACUAAUUAGAUCUCUGACUGUUUUUUUUAAUAAAUCCAGGAGGAAGCACAUUUCAGAAGAAGCUUACUGAAGUGGAGCGAGCUGUUAACUCAUUCUCCGUCCUUUAGCUAACAUACAGUUAAUUUGUCUAUCUCCAGGUUCUUUUUGCUCCGGACUACAGCCUGGGUUCUUAUACAUACGCCCAUCUAUUUUACAGAGUUAAUUCAAGCGGUUUAAAAAUAAUGCAUGACUUAAUAAAAAUGUAAGUAGACCUCCUUUGAGGGAGGCAUUAUUCCCACAUACAUGGCAACAAGAGUUGAUAACAAGGCUUGAUGGAUUGUAUAAUCUCAGCAAAUGAAAAGAAACAGCCGCAGCAUUUGGCUAGCAGAACAGUCACACCGCGUGCAUGACCUAUUCCACGCCCUUUUAAUUUAAAUGUCUUGCUCCAUGCUAAGAAAGGAGGCACACUUAGUAACCCAGGAUUAAGUACGUAUCUGAAAAAUCUAAGCAAACAUAUUUCACCAGCACCUCCUAGGGGCCACGUGAGGAUAUGAAAAAAGAGGGUGGGUACCCGCGCCGAGCUUUCCUCCAAUUGUCAGUUUCUCCUCUUCUACACAUUAAAAAUCCACCCGGCUCUGCCGUUCAGAACGUGAUCUAGUUUGGGAAAGUAGUCUGGCGACUCGAGGAGGCCUUUAGAGGUUUUAAGCAAACUGUACAAAAGACACUUGAGGAAACAAACAUUUAAAAAAAAAAAAAAAACUCAGUGGCAGGAAAACACUCCUAAAUAUAUCCUGUCCUCUAGGAGCAAACCUAUGUUACGACACCAAAAUGCUCAGAGUUAAUUUGCACUUACUCUUAGAUUUACACCCACAAAGACACACACACGGAUUAAUUGGUAAAAGUUCCAGGAUCCAGGCCCCGGCACCACUGAGGCUGAUUUGUAAGGGUCUGCAUGCUCUUGCGUGGUUCUUGGGAGUGAGGGCUGGGAGGCGCUCAUGAGAGGGCUGAUCUGAGUGUCUGUAGGAGUUGCUGUUCCAGAAAAUUCAUUACUCUCCUAAUUGUUCUGAUUUUAGAUCAGCAGAGCGUGCCAGGCGGUGGUGAAGAAAGAGAUUGAGGGCGGAUGAGGCGAGAGGGAAGGAGUCGUUCACCCUUCAGAUAAAUCUAGGCACUUUGACGCCUUCUCUGGAUGUCAACUGAGUUACUAAGGCAACUCUACAUGUCAGGAGACAGACCUUGGUAGAACUCCAAGGCUCCUGGAGACACUCAUCUUCUCCUCAUUUGUUAUUAUUAUUUUUUUUGUGUGUGUGUUCUCACUGAACAUUCAAAACUGUUUCUCCAAAGGGUUUUGCAAAAACUGAGACUGUUUUCCAAAGCAGAAGCACUGGAGUCCCCAGCAGACGCGAUGGGCAGUGUGCGCACCAACCGCUACAGCAUCGUGUCUUCAGAAGAGGACGGCAUGAAGUUGGCCACCAUGGCCGUCGCCAACGGCUUUGGGAAUGGGAAGAGUAAGGUCCACACGCGACAACAGUGCCGGAGCCGCUUCGUGAAGAAAGACGGCCACUGCAACGUCCAGUUCAUCAACGUGGGCGAGAAGGGACAGCGGUACCUGGCGGACAUCUUCACGACCUGCGUGGACAUCCGCUGGCGGUGGAUGCUGGUUAUCUUCUGCCUGGCUUUUGUGCUUUCGUGGCUGUUUUUCGGCUGCGUGUUUUGGUUGAUCGCUCUGCUGCACGGCGACCUGGAUGCGUCCCGGGAGAGCAAAGCCUGCGUGUCCGAGGUCAACAGCUUCACGGCCGCCUUCCUUUUCUCCAUCGAGACCCAGACGACCAUAGGCUACGGCUUCAGGUGCGUCACGGACGAGUGCCCGGUGGCCGUGUUCAUGGUGGUCUUCCAGUCCAUCGUGGGCUGCAUCAUCGACGCCUUCAUCAUCGGCGCCGUCAUGGCCAAGAUGGCGAAGCCCAAGAAGCGGAACGAGACGCUGGUCUUCAGCCACAACGCGGUGAUCGCGAUGAGGGACGGCAAGCUGUGCUUGAUGUGGCGCGUGGGCAACCUGCGCAAGAGCCACCUGGUGGAGGCUCACGUGCGUGCGCAGCUGCUCAAAUCCAGAAUCACCUCCGAAGGGGAGUACAUCCCCCUGGACCAGAUAGACAUCAACGUGGGCUUCGACAGCGGCAUCGACCGCAUCUUUCUCGUGUCCCCCAUCACCAUAGUCCACGAGAUCGACGAGGACAGCCCUCUGUACGAUUUGAGCAAACAGGACAUCGACAACGCAGACUUUGAAAUCGUGGUGAUCCUGGAAGGCAUGGUGGAAGCCACGGCCAUGACCACCCAGUGCCGGAGCUCUUACCUGGCCAAUGAAAUCCUCUGGGGCCACCGCUACGAGCCUGUCCUGUUCGAGGAGAAACAUUACUACAAAGUGGACUACUCGAGGUUCCACAAAACCUACGAAGUCCCCAACACCCCCCUUUGUAGUGCCAGGGACUUAGCAGAAAAGAAAUACAUCCUCUCCAAUGCUAACUCAUUUUGCUACGAAAAUGAAGUUGCCCUCACUAGCAAAGAGGAAGACGAUAGUGAAAACGGGGUUCCAGACAGCAGGAGUACGGACACGCCCCCUGACCUAGACCUUCACAACCAGGCCAGCGUCCCUCUAGAGCCCAGGCCGUUAAGGCGAGAGUCGGAGAUAUGACUUGACUGAUUUCCUUCUCUGGAAUAUUCACUUUACAACACAGUCUGUUGGACAGAGGCCCAAAACAGUGAUGCAGACGACGGUACUGGUGACGAGCUGGGUCGAUCAAGCGGCCCCCAAGGGACUGAGGCAGGCACAGUGGUUUCAAAGGAAGACUGUAAGCCUGAUGAUUAACGUGAGCACUAAAGGUGCCUCUCCGUGACCCGAUGGCACAUAUUAUGUUGUAGAAUAAGUUAUGGAUUUUUUUUUUUUUUAUGUUUUUGUUUUAUGUUUUUACAAAACUUGAACUUGCAGGCAAGCCUUGGUUGGGUAUUUGACUUAUCCAGAAUGCUUCUCUAUAGGGAACAAGAAUGUUUUUAAUGGCAUAACAAAGGCAAGACUCUGCCUUAAUCUUUGAAAAGCUGCUAACUACAUGAACACAAAUUGUAUUUUUGUUGCAGUGUAGUUUUUUUUUUUUUAAUUUUGUGUAAUUUUAAAGUCAGUGUUGAACUUUGUUGAAAGUUCACCAUGUGCUUCAAAGUGGCAAGUAUUUGGGUAUUAAUUGCCUAAAAGGAGAGCCUGAUAUUUUGAGGCCAGUAAUUUGUUUGCUAGAAUUGAUUUUCUCUCUCUCUCUCUCUCUCUUUCUUUGGUUACAUAAGGGCAUUAUGUAACACUAGCCAAAUGGUAGCCUCCGGGUUGUUUGUUUGUUUUGUUGUUUUCCUCCAUGAUGUUAAUGGGUUAUCUCAAAUUUUAAGUUAGACUACCUAAAAUAAAUACCAAAGAUAAUGCAUAUUUUUGCACAAUGAAGCUUAUACUAAAUAAAGAAACAAAGCCCCACGGGCUGCCUUGAUAUCAAGAGACAAUAACUUUGAACCUCAGCAAGACCCUGAACCACUGGUUCUUUUUGCACCUUAUUCAGAAAACACAGCGUUGUACACACAGAGUCCAGUAAGUGUAGUGCUUUUGAAAUUUUGUUCUUUCAUGUAAACUUUCUUAAUUGAAGAGGAAGAAGAAGAAGAAAGGAGAAGUACAACUCACAAACACACCCUGUCUUUCCUGCGGGGUGGUGUAGGCCAGGCUGAUGCGUACGCUGAGAGAUGGUGAUGUGCGCUUUCUGAUUGCGUGGGUUUUCCCUUUCUGCACAUUCCAAACUGUAUUCUGUAGGAUCAGAUCUUCACUAAACCUUGGUGGCAUCCUGGCAUCCUCAAGAACUGAGCCAUCCAAUGUGAAAGAUGAAUAGGUUGACAUCACUGCUGCUGAGUUCAUUGUCCUGUCAGGACAUCACCAGCUCCACGCUCUCUUAAAGAGAGAAAGAUGCCAGGCCUGGCCUCCAGGCUGCUUCUUCUCAUCAGUCUGGAGUGACUUCUGCAGGGUCAGAGAGGCUAACAAAUGCUAAAGCCGGGAUGCAAAGAGGUGUGGACAAGCCACUUUGAUGCAGCACUUCAGAUAAAGUAUUCAGGAGGGACAGGAAAACUUGUCUUUUUUUUAUGGCAGAGGGGAGGAGUGAAAGUGCCUCAGGAUUUUCGGGUCAAAGAGAGCCAUAAAAAUUAACAUAAUCACAAAUAAAAGAGAUAAUAGUGUAAAGGGAUUAUUUUCUGUGUGUAAACUCAUGAUUGAAUGUGAGCUGACUCUGUCUUCUGUGGGGCUCCUAGAGCAGCUUACAAAAGAAGGAUGCAUUGUUUUCCAGAAGCUUCUCCUGCCUGGUGGGACCCUGUUGCUCGGACACUUUUUUUUUUCUUUUUCGUUCCCUGCUCUAACUCAAAGAUGGAGCUCUUUUUUUGGUUUAACGUUCCCUGUUUGUGAAUUCUGGGGUUAUUGACUUUUUAAUUGGAGUCUCCAAAUCAGCUCUUUUAUGGUAUUAUAUCCCUGUAUGCCAUUAAAAAACAGCUUGUUCUAGGGUUAUGUAUUUGCUAAUUGGAUGCUUCUGAUGAGCUCUGGUUCUUGAACAGCCAUAUCCGAGUGCAGUGCCUGCAACACAUAAUGACAGUUUCUGCUGUUUUCAGCCUUCCACUUUGAUGGGUUUGCGAGCCAUGGUGUUAUUUUCAUUGAAACCAAGAAAGAGACGCAAAGCAAGUGGAUGUUAUUUUAGACCCAAAUUUUAAGGCAGGUUUGGGAAGUUGUUUAAAGAGUUAAAGGAAUUGGAGAUUAAGUGGACAAGAGAACUCCCAGAAGAGAUAACAAUUUGGUCUUUGAUAGCGAGACGGUAUAUUGAGGGCUUCAGCUGCUGCUAUUAUGAUGUUUUUGUAAAGGAAACUCAUCAAGCCAAAGAGUAUUCAGUGAUAUGUCAAUUAAAUGAAGAUGCAGUGGAGAAUGAGGUGGGGGGGACCACAAAAGAGGCUCUCCCCCCAAACACACAGUGCUACCACUUAAAAAAAGACUUCAGAUAUAUGAAAGAGGAUGGGUGUGGGGGCAAGAAAGAGGGAGAGAAAUCUUUCAACCUAUUUCUGAAAAAGAAAAAAAAAAGUCUAAAAUUUCUGGUGCACAAGUUUGUUUUUUUUUUCAAGAAAAUUUUGCAGAAGCUAUGUUUUUAAAAGUGUACAUUUUAUAAAGUUUAUCAGAUAUUUUCAUAUUUAAAGCCAAAUGUAAAUAGAAAUCUGUAAAGGGAAAACAAUUGCCAUAGGAAGUAUAAUGUCAGUGCAGCAAUUUCGGAGAGCUAGUACCUAUAUGCUACUGGUUAGCAUGGUUUUAGCAAAUAUUUACCAGCCUUAUAAGGUUUGUAUUGCUAUGUUCUUCUGUUAUUUAUUUCAGCAUGGACUGUUCAUUCGAAAGCUUUUUCCAGUUAUUAGCAUUUUAACAAUUACAAGCUUUAAAUGGCAUUUUUUUUUUUUUUUUUUUUUUGUCAAGAGCCAAGACGUAGGUAAUGCACAACACUUACUGCUGCAUUUUACCUUCAAAAUAUCUGUCUUCAUCGACUGGAUCUCUGUCACCAGUGUAUACAUGUGAUUAGAGUGCAGAUGGAAGGGGCUCACCAAGAAUAUCUGAGGGGCAAUUCCUAGAUGCUUGUUGCUUCUCUAUUGCAAACAAAACCCUGUUGAAUUUACUUAGAAUUUAUUCCCUUUUAUAGAAUUGUUACCCAUAUCUGGAUGGGCGCUAUAUUUUGAGAGGGGGGAAGUCAUAAAUUUCAGGUUAUCCUAUUUUUAAAUAAAAUGUAGACAAAGUGAAUUCUAUUUUGAAUACCGAGAAAGGAAUAGUUUUGUAUCCCUCUAAGAGUAUACUUGAAUCAGACAUUAGAAGGAUGUCACCAUAGCAUUGCUGUCAUUUCCGAAUUCCUAGACUAAGUUUGCUUUACAUUGUUUUUGUUUUGUUUUCUUUCUUCCCUUUACUCUCCUGUCCCAAAUCUUGGUGUGUAUUUGAUGAGCUUUGUCAUCCAAAUCAUGUUCCCCUUGCAAAUAAUGGGUGUAAUUUCGUAUUUUAUAAUAAGCUGCUCAGUAAAGGCAAAAAGCUUGUCCUGAGAAGUAGAGUGAGUUCUUUCCACUCUGUGUCUAAUAACAUAAAGGUGAAAAAAAAAAAAAGUGUUGAGCAGACACCUCCCCAUCCUCAACCCUCAGUGAACCAGAAUCUCUUUUCUAGUCCUAAUGUUGGGUUUUAGCUCUGGGCUCUGGCAAAUUGAACAAUCCCGGCCUUUGAGAAUCCUGAUAGUUAUUAUUUCCCAUUUGCCGUCUUUUUUGUACCUAAAGUCUUCCUCUUGUACUGCACAAACCAUGGAUUGUACAUAUUUUUAUAUAUUAUGUCUUAUUUUAUUAUUUCUAAAUAAAAAUUAAAAAAUG